AUGGAAAACACAUUCGAAAUUACUGUUCAAGUCAAUAAUGAUACUCGAGUCGUCACUAAACUUCCUACAGCUGUAAAUCUUACAGAAAUACGUAAAAUACUUUCGGAAAAAUCAGAAAUAAGAAUGGGACGUAAAGCUUAUUUUUGUCAAGCUAUUGAAGAUUCUCCAAUAAUCCCGCAUGACGAGGAAGAAAAAUAUUUUCUGGAAAAUGUUAUCGACUCUCUCAAAAGAUUGAAACUCAAGGGUGAAAUCGAACCAAAUUGGGCAGACAUUAUCGAAAGGAAUUCGCUUAAAUGUGGACUAUUUUUUACGAAGAAUGGACCGAAAUCUGCAGAAAAAAAAGCGUUUGAAAUUCUACAAUAUCCGAAGUCUACGUUGCAAAUACCAAUUACUUCGGAUCAAGAAUUAAAUUGUAGAACGGAAAUAGACGAUAUUCGUGCAAAAAAUUUAUUUGUUACAACAAGUCUAGAUGCAAACUUGCCAUAUACACCAAUUUCUGCGAUGCUUGGUGGUUCUUACCAGUCGAAUUCUGUCAAUCAUAGCAAUAACGUAAACAUAAAAACAUACCAGAAAUCAAUAAGAAUAAAAGCAAUAUUCUCAAUGUCCGAAUCGCAAAUUGAACCAACUAAAGAAUUUGUUUCAGCAGUAGAUGUAGCACUUGUAUCAACAAAUCGUCGUGAAUCUCUAGAACAAGUCACAAAAGAUUUCGGAAAAGUUUGGUGUAAAAAAUUAGGAAUUGGCGGAAGCAUUUUAUAUGUUUUAAAAGGAGAAUCAAUUGUAAAUGAAAGUAGAAUGUGCGAUGAAAUAAAUAUAGGAGGAGGUUUCGGCAUCGGAGGAACAGCUGGGAAAGGCACAGAAACAAAUCAGAUGAAUGCAUUAACUAGCGAAUACUCCUAUUUUCAAAUUCGUGGUGGCUUGGAAAACUAUUUUCAUGAACAAGGAAUGAGUGGAUGGAUCAAGUCUUUAGAUGAUUAUAAAACAUGGGAGGUAGUCACCUAUUCUGAUAUUCAUUCAAUAUUUGAUAUACUUGAUGAAGGAAGAAGAACAAAAGUAGCAACGGCUUUGGGAAAACGAAUUAUUGAUUCUCAAGUUGAAAAAUUAGACUUUAGAAUGGAUAUUUCUAAACCGUACCCACACUUAUACAAAAUUCCGAAAAAAUAUGAUUUAUCGAAUUGCCAGAUUUUUGUUACAGAAAUGAAAGAUGACAACUCGGAUACGAUAUUUGCUUCUCGAGUUCAUUAUAUCAACGAUAAAGAAUCACCAGUAAUUUUAUUACAUAGACUCGGUACAUUGAAUAAAAAAUUAAAAUAUCAAAAAUUUUCAAUAAGGUUAGGUUGGAUUGUACUUGGAACAUCGACCAUGCUGAAUUUGCUUGAACAAAAUUCAACGGAGCCAGUUUUUGAAAAUGGUGAAUCACUAAUCACAGUGAAAAAUGAACAUUGUUCAGCGAUUAUUUCUUCGCGUAAACUGAAUCCGAACGAAAGUCUUUUGGCUUCUUAUGUUUCAAGGUCUAAAAAUUUGCAAGAAAAUCAUCAGAAAUCAAAGUAUAUUACGAGAUCUCAUUUUAUUUAUAACGAUAAAAAUGAUACUAUUGAGGCUUGUGCUUUUUGUUAUGACCUAGAAAAAAAACAACUACUUUAUCAAUUGGGUGAUUUAAAUACAGAGUUUUCGAUCAAUCACAGUAUAAUUUUCGGGCAACAAAUUGAUAAAUACGGCCAAGCACAAAUAACGAGUGAAUCUCGCAUUACUCUUAUCCAACCAAAACGAUAUAGAAUUCUGUUUGACAGUUAUCGUGACUUGACAUCUCAACUUGGAACACAAUCGUGUUUACAGAGCCCUAUUUUUAUCAAUCUAGUCUUGGAUAAAUGUCCAAAAAAUUGCCCACAUGGAGUAUUUAAUAUUACACCAAAUUACGCGGAGUUUAAGUAUAUUGACAUUGACUUUUUCAACAUGAGUUUGAAAAAUAGGCAAAUCGCGUAUUUUCGUGCUCCAAUUCGUAUUAAAGAUAACGACGACGACGGUAGGAGUGACGCUAUGAGUCUAUAA